UUUGUUGCAUUGCAAAGCUGAAGAGGUGGCAGAUAGCUGUUAAUGCUGUAAUUUACUUUAGACAAAUGAUGUAAAUUUUGGGCUUUAAACGAGAACAUCAAUAUUGUGCAGGUUCACCAUCAUGGACUACAGACCCAUGAUUGGUUGUCAAUAACCGGGAAACCCCUUGUGAUGAGGAUGGGCCAUCCCUCUCCACCCUCUUGGCAAUCGCCCAACGUCAUAUUCAGUUUCAGGAGCAACCAAAAUUCACCGCUUUACAUUUUCCUCUGAAUGUCAAUCAAAUGCUUUUUCUUCACCUAAACGCACAGCUGUGUUUCUUUUGUUUUCAACCUAAGAAAUAUUUUCUAAUGUAAGUUAGUCCAAACAUCACGCUCAUAACAUAGAAGAAUAGUUCUUAUUGUAGAGCCACAAUUUCUUCAUGCGCUGCCUUACCCCGUUUUGUUACCACUGUACUAGCAAAAUAGUGCGCCCUACUGUCUCCAUUGCGCAUGACUGUACGUCGUAAUAUGAAGUAGGCCUCCUGUUUUUCUCCCAUCCCGGAGUCCUCCUGGCCCCCACCGCCUCGAUUCAACGUUAAGUAAGCAAAACACGGAGGCAGCUGACGAUCAUUCAUGAAGGUGAGGUGUGGCCAACACGUGAGAUCGUGAACGGUUUAAAUCAAGAACAGCCAGCUCUCCAUACACCUUUACAUUCCACUAAGCUUGAUUGACCACCAUGACCCAUCCACAUUCUUCUUUUUCAUGACCUCAGUGAUCUGCCUGUUUUGACCACAGUGUCCCCUUUGACCUCAAGACUCCUUAGAGAAGACGAGUGUGUGCAUAAGCUGUUGUGGGGUGGUCUUCCAAAUGUCUACCUCACGGUUUAAGACCAAGUCACUACAGCCACAGCCCUGAUCAGCAGCCAACAUGACAUCAAGCAUAGGGGAUGAUUGUAGCCUCUUUGAUGGGUUGAUGGAAGAAGAUGAAAAGGACAAAGCAAAACGUGUGUCCCGUAAUAAGUCUGAGAAGAAACGGAGGGACCAGUUCAAUGUCCUCAUCAAAGAACUUGGCACCAUGUUGCCUGGCAACACCAGGAAGAUGGACAAGUCCACAAUCCUUCAGAAAAGCAUUGACUUCCUCUGUAAACACAAAGAGAUUGCAGCCCAGUCUGAAUCCAGUGAAAUCAGACAGGACUGGAAACCUCCAUUUCUUAGCAAUGAGGAAUUCACCCAGCUCAUGUUGGAGGCCCUGGACGGGUUCUUUAUAGCAAUAAUGACUGAUGGAAAUAUCCUUUACGUUUCUGAAAGUAUCACUUCACUACUUGAACAUUUGCCUGCAGACUUGGUGGACCAGAAUUUGUUAAAUUUCCUUCCAGUUGGUGAACACUCCGAGGUGUACAAGGCUCUGUCCACACAUCCUUCUGAUGUGGAGAGCCUCAAUUCAGAUUAUCUGAAAUCUAAGAAUCACAUGGAGUUCUGCUGUCAUAUGCUGCGAGGGGCCAUUGAUCCAAAAGAACCCCCUGUGUAUGAAUAUGUUAAGUUUAUUGGCAACUUUAAAUCACUCAACAAUGUUCCCAAUGUCACAAGAAAUGGCCUUGCAGGAGUCUUGCAACGGUCUCUACAACCUGCCUUUGAUGACCAGGUUUGCUUUGUAGCCACUGUUCGACUGGCUAAACCACAAUUCAUUAAGGAAAUGUGUACAGUAGAGGAGCCCAAUGAGGAGUUUACCUCCAGGCACAGUUUAGAGUGGAAGUUCCUCUUCUUAGACCACAGGGCUCCGCCAAUUAUAGGAUAUUUACCAUUUGAGGUUCUGGGAACAUCAGGGUACGACUAUUAUCAUGUGGAUGACCUGGAGACACUAGCCAAGUGUCAUGAACACUUGAUGCAGUAUGGCAAAGGGAAGUCCUGCUACUAUCGUUUCCUAACAAAAGGGCAACAGUGGAUCUGGCUACAGACGCACUACUACAUAACCUACCACCAGUGGAACUCUAGGCCAGAGUUUAUAGUUUGCACACAUACAGUAGUCAGCUAUGCAGAGGUGAGGGCAGAGCAACGUAGAGAGCUAGGAAUCGAGGAGUCUAACCCAGAAGCGGCUGCAGACAAGAGUCAGGACUCUGAGUCAGAGCUAAACACGUCCAGCCUCAAAGAGGCUUUGGAGAGAUUUGAUCAUAGUCGAACGCCCUCCACUUCUUCUCGUAGUUCUCGCAAGUCCUCCUCCCAUGUUUCUGACAACACUUGCACUUCAACGGCUUCCAAACUACACAUGGACACAGCCACACCUCCGCGGCAAUCAUUGGCAUCAACUAUGGAGAUGACCUCUCAGCGGCGCUCCUCUAUAAGCAGCCAAUCAAUGAGCUCUCAGACAACAAGCCAAAGUGUUACUCCCGGCAUGAAGGCUCAGCAGCAGCAACAACCUCAACAGCAGCAGUCACAGCAACUACAAACAAAUGUACAACCUGUAAUGGAGUUCUCAGCGCAGGUGAACGCUAUGCAGCAUUUAAAGGAGCAGCUGGAGCAAAGGACCAGAAUGAUCCAGGCCAACAUCCAGCGGCAGCAGGAAGAGCUGAGGCACAUCCAGGAACAGCUCCAGAGAGUACAAGGACAGGGCAUACAGAUGUUGCUGCAGCAGCAGGGUGGAGCCAUGAACGUCCAGCUGCCUCAGGUGGGCUCGGUCCAGCAGACGGCUGCUCUGACCACUCAGGUCCAACAAACAGCACUUAACCCUGUCCAUUCAGGAACACAAGCUCUAACCAUCCAACCACAAGCUCCUCCCCCUCAGCAGAACCUUCAGCCUCAAACCAAUGCUCUGGCACAGCCACAGCGCCAGCCACAGCAACCUCCUCAAGCGCAGACCCAGGCACAGGGAUCUGUCUCGGCUCCACUUUAUAACACCAUGAUGAUUUCUCAAACGGGCCAGCCCAAUGUUCUUCAGAUCAGCACUAGUUUGCCACAGAAUAACACCCAGCAAGGCACGACUGUUGCCACCUUCACACAGGACAGGCAAAUCCGGUUUCCAGCAGGGCAGCAACUUGUGACCAAGCUGGUGACAGCGCCAAUGGCUUGUGGUGCUGUUAUGGUGCCCACCUCCAUGUUCAUGGGGCAGGUGGUAACGGCAUACAACCCUUUUGGUGGGCAGCAGCAGACUGGACAAACUCAGACCCUUACCCUGCAACCUGCCCAACCAGCCCAAGGUCAAGCUGAUGGCCAAAACCAAACAGCAGUAGUGGCUCAGAGCAGCCAGCAAGGCCAGCAGCAGCAACAGCAGUUUUUACAGGGCACCCGCCUCCUCCAUAGUAACCAGUCCACUCAGCUCAUUCUGCAGGCAGCUUUCCCACUCCAACAGCAGGGCACCUUCACCCAGACCACACACCCACAGCAGACACAGCAGCAGCCCCCGCAGCAGGCUCACCACCAGCGGCACCAGCAGCAGCUCAAACCUCAGCCUCAGAAACAGCAGAAGGCCCAGUCCACACACAGAGCUGACAGUGUAAGCAGCCAGCCACAGUGAUCCAGCUACAAUACUUCUGAACCAUUGGGGAUUUGGUUUUCCUGCAGCCUCCCCAUUCUUCCCGAUCUGCUGCCCUCCCAUUCUCUGUCUCAAAGGAUGGCAUCAUAGGAAAGUGGAAAGCCAGAGAGUCUGGAAAGAACUCUUCAAGAUUUGUCUCCAUGGCAACAGGAUGGAUUGGAUUAAAUUCCUUGUUUUCCUCGGCGGUGGUGGCGUUGUAAAGGAGAUGCAAUCGCUAUGGAGGGUUGACAGUAAUCCUGAGAAAAUGGUAAUGAUGGGCCUUUGUGAAUGCGUAUCAAAAUGAACUGACCCUGUACAGACUCAGUGUAUAAUAAAACCAUGUAAAUAUUCCGUAUAGACAAAAAGGAAACGGAAAUGUAGUAUUUUAUAUGAUUGCAUGGAAAGAAUAACCGUGUAAGCUUUUAUUAGCUUUUGAAAAAUUUGAAUUUUCACUUUGUUCAAGUGUUUCCUGGUUAAAGAUGGAGCAAGUAAGCUCUCCCAGACUUCUUCCCUAAUCUUUGUCUCUGAAAGAGUGGAAAAAAGGCUUUAAGUACUGUCAGAUUGUUUGAAAUGUUUGGGAUUUUGAGGAAAACGUGUUUUUAAACUCUGUCUCUGAGACAUAAAUAGCUCUUAAUUUUUUUAAGUACAAAUUAUGUUUGGCAAAAAACUAGAUUACAGUUUAACUGAGUACUUUGCAAAAAGAUCACUUCACUUCACGGGUUUAGUGAUUCCAAGUGCCAAUGACAUAGUCCCUUUUUAUUUUAAGCAGAAUAUUGAAAAUCAUAUAUUUUCCAACAAGAUUAUACCCCUUAUAAAGUAAGUGUGUGUGUAUAUAUCUAUAUAAAAAUAGUAGGGAUUAUUUUGUAACAUUCAGAGAGCCCUAUAGGUGACAAAACAGUAUAUCCUCAAACCCUCUGAAACUUUAGCACUUGAUGUGGUUGUGAACUGUAAAUCACUGUCCUGACCUAGUUGUUUGUAUCUGUGGUGUGACCUUUGAGAAUGUGUGUUUAAGAAAACAAUCUGUGUGCAUGAGUGAGUUUGUAUGUCGUCCCUUGUGUCUUACGAUAAUUGACUUAGUAAGAAUUUGAAGUUGCUGGAUGGUACUUGUACUCAGGAAUGUGGAAAGUUCAGCUUCUGCCUCAGUCUGGAUCCAGACAAUGAAGGAUUAGACAGUGAUGCUGCAGAGACCAAAGGAAUUGUCUUUAGUGAUUUGACCCAUUUGGACUUUUAUAUAGGCGACUAUAUAUAUUACACAAAUAGAAUAACCACUUUUAGCCCAUAUGUGGUUCAACAGGAAAUACUGUCAGCAGCUGUGACUCCAACAGUAAAACUACAGUAAUAUGUAGUGGCGGUCUUCUCCAAAUCAUUGUUUUAUCCUUCUAUCAUCUUCCUCUGCCUCUCAAACCCUCAUGCAGUUCAAAUGACUAUCACUCAGUUCCCAAUAGCAGUUGAACCCUGUACUACAGUUACUACAGUUAAAGCCAUAUCAAACAGAAAACCUUGGACUGAAGGGUGUGUAAUGGUUGACAAAGGAGUCUUUCGGAUGUGUUUUGUCUCCCAGUGUCAUAGCGGCUGUGUGUGGGCGUGUGUGUGCCGUGUGGAAAUACUGUCUCCUUAUUCUACUUCUUGUAUCACUUGGGGGUCAGUUUUAUUUUCCCCUGGCGAUGGCCAAUCAGUUCUUGCGUUGCAGUAUACAGGAACAAAAUGUAAUAUUCAAGAAACUUCCUUUAUGGUUGGGCUCAGUUUUCUGCAGGCCCAUGUGGGAUGGCUCAACUUGAAUAUACUGUGUGAGUGAAUGCAUUUGUAUGCAUGUUUACUGUCACUGUAACCCAGUCUAUUUUCAUAUGGAAACAGAUUUGUUACUGGCAUGGUAUGGGUGUUAUGCAAAGCAGAGCAUUGGUAACCUGUCAUGUUAUUGUUUUAUAAUGACAGACGGUUUUCAUAUACAGUAACUACACAACAGACCAGCCUCAAACAGUAUCUCUCUAUUGGAGAGAGAAUGAGGAAAUUUCAUGGUUAUUACGUAAUAGGUUGACUAUUUGAACCAGGUCUUCCACCUAACGCAUAGCAAGUGUAGAUUCUCUAUAGAGUAGUUCUAUAUAAAGCGUCACUAAUGUUUAGGUGUGUCACUGAUUCCCAGCCCAAGAAUGUAAUGGUGUAAUAGACUAAUGGAUGUUGUAAUUGUGAGUAUGGAGAACCUCUGACAGGCUUUUGCUGAUGGAAAGAAAAUCACUGCUGACAUUCAUGAUUUGAAUCCCCAAAACAAUAUUCAGACUUUGCAUAUUUGAAUGUGUGACCCUUCAAAGCUUGCUGUACCAUUUUUACAAACUGAAAUCAGCCUUUAAUGAAAAAGAUUGAAUGACAUCGAGAGUGAAGGUGUAGGAUAUUUGAAAAGGCGUGGCUCCUCCCUCCUCACAGUUCCACAGAUCACCUCUCCAUGACACAAUUGGUUCUCGAGAUUUGUAGAAUUCUGUACACACACUUAAAGUUAAGAACACCAGUAUUCAGUGUAAAAUGGUGCUAUGCUAACUUGUAUGUAUAUCCCCUCUGCUCUUGAACUGUGCUCCUUAUCUAUCCAAAGUCAAAUGUAAUAUUCAAUAUUUUGAAGCAAAAUGUUUGGCACUAUUAUAACCCUUCUCCCUAAUUGGUCAAUUUGAAAAUAAAACACUUGCAAAUAUUCAAUCUGACAAAUGUC